CUUCAACUACCACGCAAAAGCGACCAGCACCACGUCCAAUCUUCUCGCCUUGUAUGCAGAGGCAGAAGGUAUGACGGAGCAGAAUGUAGCGGUAUAUGAAGCUCCAGCGCCCAUUGUGGCCUCUCCAUGGACGAGAUCUCUUAUCGCAGGUGCUCUCGCCGGCAUCACUGUCGACUUCUCCCUCUAUCCUAUCGACACAAUCAAGACACGACUCCAGUCCAAUCUGGGGAGUAAUCAUGUCUCGACUCUCCCCCGGCACACUGUCGCCGGAACCCUGCGCAGCAUGUACGCCGGUCUCCCUAGUGCUAUGCUCGGCUCCAUGCCCUCUGCCGCCUUAUUCUUCUUGGUCUAUGAUGGCGUCAAGAGAGGUUUAGCCGAUGACCCGAACAAGCCCUUUUCCACCCAAGCAUACUCACACAUGCUGGCAUCGUCACUGGGCGAAAUUGCCGCAUGCGCGAUCCGUGUUCCGACCGAAGUGGUCAAGCAGCGUGCCCAAGCUGGUCUCUUCGGUGGCUCCUCGCUGCUUGCAAUUCAAGAUGUUCUCGCCCUUCGCAAGACAGACGGUCUCCCGACCAUGGUCCGCGAACUAUACAGAGGAGCAGGCAUAACAAUCAUGCGAGAAAUCCCAUUCACAAUAAUCCAGUUUAGUCUGUGGGAGUAUUUCAAGACUUCAUAUUCAACACGCCAACACAAGACCAACGGCCGCCACGAGGGCCUGGUCACGGCAAGCGAGAGCGCCGUCUUCGGUAGCGUAGCGGGAGCGAUUGCCGCUGGCAUGACUACCCCCCUCGAUGUGCUCAAGACCCGAACCAUGCUUGCGAGAAAACAGACCGGAGACUCUUUGUCCAAGAAACGAGCAGGCCCCCUGGCUGCGUUACGACAAAUAUGGCACGCGGAAGGACCGUCCGCUUUGUUCAGAGGCUUCGUCCCUCGUGUAGGGUGGAUCAGUACUGGCGGUGCCAUCUUCCUUGGAACAUAUCAAUAUGUUUCGAAUUCUUUGGCAGCAGAACACCAUUGAGCGUGCGAUCCUGCACUUUUGGAUUCGCUUUACUACACGGUGUGAAUGAUAUUCAUCACACCAGCCACAUAGACCUCGAAAACAGAGGCUCAGUUCUUGACAACUAACAUUCGGGAUGGAUGUUUGUCGGUCACAAAUUCCAAGUUGGCUGAAAGUCGGUCUCAGCAAUAGUACCGUCGGACGGACUAACAAACUGCCCUUCGUGGCUAUCAGUGCCGGCUUCAACGCCGUUCAUGCCGUCGGCACGUUUUAUGGGACGAUGGGGUGUGUUAUCGGGGGCCAUGUCUUUGUACAUGUCCCUUUGUACAUGUAUAUACCUAUGACUGAGUUUUAUCCCGUACACUCUUCGCUCAGGACAAGAAAUGAGGCUGAGUAUGGAGUACCAGGCAAGCUGCAGGGAGCGCUCCUUACUCCUGUUCGUAGAAAAUACUAUGAAUAUCAAAACAUGACAGACAUA